UAAUCGAGACCAUAUGAUUAUCCUUGGUUUCAUUCAACUUGAUACUGUUAAGAGGUUUGGUGUACUUCCCCUUAAUCUGUAUAUCAUUUUUUCUUUUUCUUUUGGUAUGAAUAAUUUCUCUCUGUUCAAAUAAAAUGUUUCUUAUUUUGUCCAGAUUCCUCUAAAAAACCAAAAAAUAAAAAAUGAGCGGUAUAAAAUCAAACUUAAUUAAACAAAUUAACAGAGGUACAAUUCCGCAUAUCAAAGUAACAAGGACGGAGGAGGAUUAUCAGAGUCACCACCACCACCUCCCCCCCCAUCUCACUCACACUCCCUCCCUCCCAACCAUUGCCAAUUUGCCAUGCACUCUAUAAAUUCCUUCCUUCAUUUCUCUCACAUCCCUCCAUACCUCUCUCUCUCUCUCUCUCUCUCUCUGCUUACAUAUUCAUCUCUCUGCUGCGCCCCGCUCCUUCUUCUUUUUCGUGACACAUACCCUCCCACCCAAAACCCAACUUUGUCUUCUUCCAUUCUCUCUUCCUCUCUAAAUACCUCUCUCUCUCCCAUGACCCCUCCUUAACCCUAGCGCCCCUUCUUGUCUCCCACCCAUGAUUUUAACACCCAUCGACGGAUCACCAAUUCCAAUCCAAACCCUUUAUGGGGAGAAACCGAACCCAGCCCACUUCCUCCCCUCGCCGGUGCCUGAUUGCCGGAAACUACUGCCACGACGUUCUCAUCCGCGACGGCGUCGUUUUGGCCGAGACGCUCGGCGGGGCCGCUUCUUUCAUCUCCAACGUGUUCGAUGGUUUGUCCGUGAGUUACAAUCUGGUGUCGAAAGUCGGGUCGGAUUUUGCUUACUCGGUCCACCGCGACCCGAUUGUGGUGCCCGAUUGCAGGACGACUCUGUUCCACGCGCAUUUUGAUUCUGGAAUCGAGGGGGAGGGCCAGCGGGAUCGGGUUCUGAAGCGGGUCAAUGCCUGCGACCCGAUUCGGCCCUCGGAUCUGCCCGAGUCGAGGUUUGAUUUCGGAAUGGCGGUUGGGGUCGGCGGCGAGAUUACUGUGGAGACGGUUGAGAAACUGGUGGAGAUUUGCAGCACUGUGUUUGUGGACAUUCAGGCUCUGAUUCGGGUUUUUGAUGGGGUUGAUGGGGCUGUGAAGCUUGUGGGUUUGAAAGAGAGUGGCUUCUUUCACCUCUUGCCUAGAAUUGGGUUUAUAAAGGCGUCGGCGGAGGAGGCUCUGUUUAUGGACGUGGAGGAGGUCAGGAAGGUGUGUUGUGUUGUGGUGACGAAUGGGAAGCGUGGGUGUAGAGUGUAUUGGAGAGAUGGGGAAGUAGAAGUUGGGCCGUUUCCGACGAGCCAGGUUGAUCCAACCGGUGCCGGAGAUAGUUUUCUCGGUGGCUUUGUUGCGGGGCUUGUUAAUGGGUUGGCUGUGCCUGAUGCUGCAUUGCUUGGGAACUUAUUCGGGUCAUUGACUGUGGGGCAAAUUGGACUGCCCAAGUUCGACUUGAGGUUGUUACAGAGAGUUCAGGAAGAGGUGCAGAAGAGAAAGGUACAGUGUAUCAGCUGCCACGAAAGAAAAGACGAGAAGUUCAGGUUUAUGAAUGUAGCAGGACAUGAACAGUUUCAUGCAUCCCUCAUAGCAGCUAAACAGAUACCAAGGUGCCUUCCUCGUGAAUGUGAAUGGGAUCUGCCAAAUUCUCCUUCCAGAGCAGUGGAGCAGGGUUUGAAUGUCCUCCCCCAUUUCACAACCCAGCCGAAACUUUUACCCGAUUCCGUCUAUGAGGAGCCAAUUCGAACAGCGGAUGGUAAACAAUGAAUCGUGAUAGAGUAGCUUCAAACUUUCUCCCUCGUAUCGUUUACUGUAUCAAAUAAUGUCAAAUGUAGAAAUGUGUUUGCAUAGCGCAAUUGCAACCUGUAUGUCCCCCGGAUGCCCUGCAUCUUUAGACAUUAGUAGAACGGCAAAGGUCACUCCAAAACUUUGCUUUGAUCAGAAAGAAAAGGAAAUGCCUUUCGCCAAAAAGAUCCCAGGCUGUUUGCCUAUUACAAGAUUGCGCAUGUCUCAAAAUUUACAAAGUUGACAAGCUCUGAUUUCAUGCAAUAGCUUAGGUUAUGCCUUAGCCCACACAGAUAAAACAGACGAGACAGCUCUCUCAAGGGUAUUUCUUUCUUGUAAUCGGUUGUAUAAAAUUACGUCUCUAUAAAUAUCCGACUCAAACCUGUCAA